AUGGCAAUUGGCAAUAAAGCACCCAAGAAGUCAAAUACUAGGCGUAGGCGCAUUACACAAGCGUGCGACUACUGUCAUCAACGCAGCAUUAGAUGCCGGCCAUCAAGCGACAACCAGGGAUGUCAAAACUGCAAAGACUUUGCACAAGAAUGCACCUAUCAUCGAACACCUCGACGACGCGGGACAAAGCCUCGGGGUGAAUCGACAGAUCAUAAGGACUACUCAGAAGACGCUGCGCGCCCGCCGCUUAACGCUGCGAAUGCUGGACUGGCCCAAGAAAGUAGCCCUCCAUCCCAUGAUGUGAGAUGCGUACCGAGGCCGCGAGCCGUCUCUGUUCACGACAAGCAAUGGGAGGCAUCAUAUAUUGCCAGCCAAGCCAGCAUCAUGGACCUAGUUGAGAUCUAUUUCGAGAUCGUUUACCCAAUAUUCCCGUUCUUUCACCAGCCAACGUUCGUUAGAAGAAUCUCUCGAGCCGAGUACACAAGCGAGAAAUCCAUCUUUUCUGUCACGAUGGCUCUUUGUGCCCUGGUCAGUGGUCGCAUACGAGACGGGUCAGUAACGAACCCCAAAUGGGACCUCGAGUCACUACAUAAGAUACGACCAGAAUUGUUCUAUGAUGAGGCCAAGAAACAGCUCCUGGAGCUCGCGACAGAGUCAAACAUACACAUCCUUCGAGCGCACGCAAUUCUUGCCAUUGCAGCUAUUCAAAAUGGAAAGACGCGCGACAUGCACCACCAUCUUGGCUUGUAUCACACACUGGUGGCAAUGGAUGGAUUACAUAAUGAGGCCAAUUGGCCACGCAAUAUUGAUGUCGUGGAACGAGAGGAGAGGAGAAGAUUGUUUUGGUCUAUGUAUACACUCGACAUCUACACGGCAGUGGUUUGGGGUGGCAUCAUUCGAUGUAGCGAGUGCCAAUCUGAAGUAGCCUAUCCAACAGAAGUUGACGAUGACAUGAUCAGCGAUAACGGAAUAACAGCACAGGAUCCAACACCUGGAAACGACAGUCAGUCUUUUGCAGGACGAGAGGAGUGCUGGCUAUCAGGGUGGAAUUUCAUCACAGACCUGUAUCGCGUCCUCGAACAUGCCUUGACGCGGCUCCGAGGCUACAGAAGGCGACAAACCACAAAUUCGUUCUUGGUAGGGAUGUUUGAGGAGGACUUUACUGCUACCAAAGCAUCAGUUCGCGAGAGCGUCCUUCAAAUGUACCUCAACUUGCCGGAUUGCUUCAAAGAAACGCCCCAAAUGGUCUGUAACGUCAAGAAAGAUCGUUUCGGGUUUCAGGCCGCGAAUAUCACUGCCACAUUUCAACUACUGCGCAUUGUCCUCUCCGCUGGUAGUGGGACCAGUAUCGAACAGCGUUGCCAGAUCGCCAGCGAAGUCGUCGAAGCAUUUGUCUCUAUACCGAUUGCUUAUCUGCUGUCUAUCAGCACCCCGCUACUCCACCAUCUUGGGGGCAUUGGAUCAAUUUUAGGUAAUGUGUUGGAAGAGCCGCUCAGCGAGGCCGACUAUACUCGUGUACGGGGAGUAAUGCUCUCAAUGGCGAUGCUGUUAGAGAACCUUGAGGUCAUCCACCACAGCACCAGUGCGAGCGAGAAGCUCCGAUCACAGGUUUCUCGAAUUGAUGAGUACAUGACUAGACAGCGACAGAUUUCCCCAUCAGCCGCGGUCCCGACAGCAUCUGGAGCCAUGAUGGAAGAAUCGGUACUGGACAGCCAAGUAGCCCAAAGCUAUCAGGAGAUCAUACCAGAUGGUGUAUUGGACUGGACGUUUCCAGAAUAUGGAGAUCUUCUUGGGGACCUAACGUGGAACUUCAACUUGAAUUGA